UGUGGUUGCGUUGGACAUCAUAAAAAUAAUACUCAAAGGUCCGAAAGUUUAAUACAAAAAUCUUUAUAUUACUUGCCAACUCUGGGUGCUUUAGUUCUUUUUCCAUCACAUAAUGUCGACGACAUGUUCUAAAGAGUUGUUAUAAAACAUAAACAUCAUGGUGCAGUAUUUCCAAAAACCAGAAAAUGCUCUUAAAAGAGCUCAAGAGUUCAUUGAUAUUGGUAAGCCAGAAGCAGCUUUAGAUGUUCUCUAUGAAGUUAUUAAAAGUAAAAAGCAUAGAAAUUGGCAAAAGAUUCAUGAACCUAUCUUGCAAAUGUAUCUUAAACUAUGUGUAAAUUUAAAACGGUCAGUUAAUGCAAAAGAAGGUUUGUAUCAAUACAAGUUGAUAUGUCAGCAAAUGAACAUAUUGUCUCUAGAAGAGACCAUCACAUUCUUCCUAAAUAUAGCUGAAAAACAUGCAGAUGAAGCUAAAAAUCAAUCUAUUGAACUUGUGACUGUUGAAGAUCUUGAUCAACUGCAAACACCUGAAGGAAUUUUGCUUUCAUCUGUAAGUUCAGAAGAUGCACAAGAUAGAUCAGAUCGUGUUUUGUUAACACCUUGGGUAAAAUUUUUGUGGGAAGCAUAUCGUAAUGUGCUUGAACUAUUGCGUAAUAAUAAUCGUGUUGAAAAACUCUAUCAUGAAACAGCACAAAAUGCAUUUAAGUUUUGUUUAAAAUAUAUGCGUCGUGCUGAGUUCCGAAAGUUAUGCUUGUUAAUAAAGAAUCAUUUGGAUCAAGUACUGAAGUAUCAAGGACAACCAACUGCAAUUAAUCUAAACAGCCCAGAAAGCUUACAAAUGCAUCUGGAAACCAGGCUGGUGCAGUUGGAGAAUGCUAUUACAAUGGAGUUGUGGCAGGAAGCGUUUCGUGCAAUAGAGGGGAUUCAUUAUUUGAUGUUGAUGUCAAAGAAACCACCUAAGCCUCAUAUGAUGGCUAAUUAUUACCAGAAAGUUGCUCUUGUUUUUUUAAAAGCUGAUAACUAUCUAUUUCAUUCAGCUUCUCUCUUCCGUUUAUUUACCUUAGUGAAAGAGCAAAAAAAAACUGUGACACCUGAAGAACUUGAAAAGAUUGGAAGCCAAGUUCUUCUAGCAACCCUUUCUAUACCAAUUCCACCUGGUAAAAGUAGCAUGGAAGAGUACUUAAGUUAUGAUACUCAAGCUUAUGAGAAAGAUCGUAGACUAGCAACUUUGUUAAGUUUAUUAUCAGUUCCUACAAGAAAAAGUCUUAUAGAAGAUGUUGAAGCAAUAAUUUUUCCGCACGUGUCUGCGCCACUUAAAGAGUUAUUUGCAACAUUGGAGUUGAAGUUUGAACCUCUUAAAAUUUGUAAAAAGGUUAAUGAAACUCUACAGAUAAUAAACAAGGACGAAAAUCUUCUUCAGUACUCUGAGUCUAUUAAAGAAAUUGCAAUUACUAGACUUUUAAGUCAGAUUUCACAAGUUUAUGAGAAAAUAUCAUUCAAGCAGUUGUUAAAAAUGGUGCCAUUUGCAGACCGUCAUCAGCUUGAGCAUAGGAUAGUAAAUUGUGUUAAAGAAAAUGACAUGCAAAUCUACAUUAAUCAUCAAAAAGAUUCUAUUUCAUUUGGUUCUGCAUUAAUGGUUGCUUUAAGAGAAGAAGUGCCUAAUGGUCCUCACAUUCAGGGAAUGCCUUCUGAAAUAUUAAGAAGUCAAUUAUUUGUACUUUCAGAAGGUUUAAAAAAAUCUAUAUGUCUUGUGAACCCUGAAGCUAUUCAAAAAGAACAUGAUCUUCAACGUGAACAACUUGUUGCACAAUACCUAAGACAAGAACGAAAAGAACAUGUUCAACUGCUUUAUAGAAAAGCAAUUAUUGAGCAGCGUAAGGAAAGAAUUGAAAAUGAAAGAAAUGCUCAGGAAAAAUAUGAGCGUGAACAGGCCAAUUUGCAAAAGGAAUUAUUACGCCAAGCAGAAGAGCAGAGACUUGAAAUAGAACGCGAAAAGAGAGAAAGAGAAAGACGUGCACAAGAAAUGAAAGAGAUUCAAAAGCAACAAGUAUGGGAUCGUGUUGAAUCUUUACGAGGAACAGAAGUUGGAAAGAGAGCUUUUAAAAAUCUAUCAGCUCAGGAAAUUGAUGAAAUGGAUCCAGCUGAUAUCCUUCAGCGUCAGUAUGAUCAAGUUAAUCGUGAGAAACGUGAGCAACAAAGUAAACUUCGGACACAAGAAAAGCGCAUUGAUCACCUUGUAAGAGCUAUGCGUCUUGAAGAAAUACCCAUUUUGGAAAAACAUAUUGCUGAGCAAAAAAUUAAAGAUAGAAAGGAAUGGGAAAAAGAUGAAGAGGAAAGGCUGCAAAAUGCUGCAAAAGAGCACCAGUUAGCACUUCAAACAAAAAGCAGAUUAGAAAGAAUGUCAGCUGACAAACAAGUCUUUUUAGAUACAAUAUUUGGACAUAGACACAAGCAGCACGAGGUACGUUUAAGAGAGUUUGAAAUGAAUCUUAAACAAGUUCGCAAUGAAAGGUUAGAAGCAAAUAAGAAACAGCGAAUGGCCCAGCGUAGGCAAGAAUUUAUACUUGCUCGUAGAGAAGAAAAGCGCAAAGAAAAGGCAGAACAAUUACGCAGAGAAAAAGAAGCUGAAGAAAUUCGAAAACAAAAAGAAGCUGAAGAGAAGCGAAUCUUACAAGAAGCAAGACUAAAAGCACUUGAAGAAUCUGCUCGUAAACAAAAAGAAAAAGAACGUGAAAUUGAAGAAAAGUUAGAAAAGGAGCGAAAUUUAUUAAAAGAAGAGCCAAAGAAAGAGACUGUUGUUGCUGGCAAGUAUAUUCCACCAAGCCAAAGACGAAGAAUGGAAACAGCAGCAGGUGUUGAUAAUUGGAGAGGAGCUGGAGGUGAUGAAGUAAAACAACCUGUUCGUCCUGCUGACUCACGAGAUGAUUCCCAAAGGUUUGGCAAACGUGAUGAAUCUCGAGGUUAUGAUAGGAGAGAUGAUGCUAGAGGUUUUGAUAAGAGAGAUGACACUAGAGGUUUUGAUAAGAGAGAUGAUCUUCGAAGUUAUGAAAAAAGAGAUGACCCUCGAGGUUAUGACAGGCGUGAUGAUUCUCAUGGUUAUGACAAGCGAGAUGACUCUCGAGGUUAUGACAAGCGAGAUGAUCCUCGAGGUUUUGACAAACGAGAUGAUCCUCGAGGUUAUGAUAAGCGAGAUGAUUCUAGAAAUUUUAACAGGAAAGAUGAUACGCUUGAUCGACGGGAUGGUCGUGAUGAUCAUACUGAGCGACGUAGUGACGAUAAAAGUGAUUCUUAUCGUGGAUUUAGUGGUAAUCGACAAACUUGGCGUGGCGAAGGUGGUGGUGAUAGCUGGAGAUCUGGUGAUAAAGGAAACCGUCCAGAAGGUCGAUCAUACAAAAUGUCUCGUGUGGGAGCUGAUAGAGAUCGUGAUGAUUCUGAAGAUCGUCCAAAAGGAUCUGGAACUUCUAGUGAAGAUGGCUGGAAUGUUGUUAGAAGAUAAAAAAGAAAUUUAAAAUAAAUAUAGAAUUGCAUAA